UACAGAGGAAGCAAGAGACAGUGGGAAAGUGUAUGCGGCCUACGCAGUUUCACCGUGAUUGUUCAUCAUCAGGAUUGGUGAAGAGGGUUUUCUACAAUAUAUUCAUGCCAAUAUGUGGUGGAUUAGUUUUAUGAGUCAUUAAACUACUUUGAUGCAUAGUUCAUACUCUUGUCACUGUAGCCUGGCUACCGGUUGUUGCCUUUGAAGGUGACAGAAUGGAAAAAGAAAAGGAAGGUACAGAGAAGAAUGGGGAACAAAGUGUUAUCAGCACUGCCCAUUGAGUGGGUGGUACUGGCAACAGUGGCUGUGCACUUGGCCCUCUGUCCUUACACCAAAGUUGAGGAGAGCUUCAACAUGCAGGCUGUGCAUGAUAUCCUGUAUCAUAGCACUGAUAUAAGCCAGUACGACCACCUGGAGUUCCCCGGCGUAGUGCCGCGCACCUUCCUGGGCCCGCUGGUGCUGGCCGCCCUCUCAGCGCCGCUGGCCGCCGCCGGCCCUCUGGUGGCCAGCAAGUUCGCCAUCCAGUCCGUCGUUCGGAUGAUGCUUGGCUCUCUUUCCGUGUGCGCCUUCUACCGGUUUCGCCAGAGCGUGGAGUCGGUGUUCGGCCGCCAGGUAGCCACGUGGCUGGUGUGUGUGACCGUCACGCAGUUCCACUUUAUGUUCUACCUCACCAGGACUCUGCCGAACAUGAUGGCGAUGCCUCUCGUUCUGCUGGCGUUCAGCUUCUGGAUGCGCCAGCAGCACGGGCCCUUCAUCUGGUGCUCGGCCGCCGCCAUCUUGAUUUUUCGCAGCGAGCUGGCGGCUUUGCUCGGUAUCCUGCUGCUGAUGGAGCUCUGCUCGCGCCGGUUGGGUAUCUUGCGGUGUCUGAAGUUCUGCGUUCCCGCCGGCGUGUGUGUGCUGCUGCUAUCGGUCGGCGUGGACUCUCUGUUCUGGCGCCGGCUCGUCUGGCCUGAGGGCGAGGUGCUGUGGUUCAACGUCGUCCUCAACAAGUCGGCAGAGUGGGGCACGUCGCCGGCGCUCUGGUACUGGUACUCGGCUCUGCCGCGGGCGCUGGCCGCGAGCUUGCCGCUGGUGCCGGUCGGCCUGCUGGCCGACGCCCGCUGCCGGCCGCUGGCCGCGCCGGCGCUCGCCUUCGUGGCGCUCUACUCGCUGCUGCCUCACAAGGAGCUGCGCUUCAUCAUCUACGUGGUGCCGCUCCUCAAUGUGGCGGCGGCACGCGCCUGCCACGGCAUGUAA